UGCUUAGGUGUUCAAACUUCAAACUCCUCACCAGAGGAAUUUCAGCGUUAGGUUUUAAGUUCCUCAAUGAAUUUCUUCAGUAAAAUCCUCUCUCUUCUUCUCGGAUUCGCCUUGUUUUCUCCGUUCAUCAACAAUGGUGUCGUCUUCGUCCACGCUCUUCCCAAAUUCUAUCCCGAAUUACAGUCUCUUAACAGAGCCGACGACGCCGUGAUCAAACCGCUCCAUCGAACUCGUUUCCACUUCCAGCCUCGCCGCCACUGGAUCAACGACCCAAAUGGCCCAAUGUACUUCAAUGGAAUUUAUCACCUCUUCUACCAGUACAACCCCAAAGGCGCAAUUUGGGGCAACAUAGUUUGGGCUCAUUCGGUGUCCAGAGACCUGGUCAAUUGGAAGGCACUUAAACACGCCAUUUACCCUUCCAAGCCCUUCGACAUCAAUGGCUGUUGGUCCGGCUCCGCCACUGUCCUCCCGGGCAACAAGCCCGUCAUUCUAUACACCGGAAUCGACCCCCAAAACCGCCAGGUUCAAAACUACGCCAUUCCGGCCAACCUCUCCGACCCCUAUCUCACCGACUGGAUCAAACCCGACGACAACCCGAUCGUCGACCCGGAUUCGGGAGUCAACGCCAGCGCCUUCCGGGACCCAACGACGGCAUGGCUGAGCGACAGCGGACACUGGAAAACCAUCAUCGGUAGCAAGAGACGGAAGAGGGGAGUGGCGUAUUUAUACAGAAGUAGGGAUUUCGUGAAAUGGACAAAGGCGAAACACCCUUUACACUCUGCCCCUAAUACAGGCAUGUGGGAGUGCCCUGAUUUCUUCCCGGUUCCUCUGUCGGGCAAUCAGGGAUUGGACGUGUCGGUGACGGGGAAUUUGGUUAAACAUGUGCUUAAGGUGAGUUUGGAUGUUACUAGAUAUGAGUAUUACACGGUGGGGAAGUAUUAUCAUGAGCGGGAUAGGUAUGUUCCUGAUAAUACUUCGGUGGACGGAUGGAAUGGGCUGAGAUAUGACUAUGGGAAUUUCUACGCCUCAAAGACGUUUUAUGAUCCGGCGAAGAAGAGGAGGGUUUUGUGGGGUUGGGCUAAUGAAUCUGAUAGUGCUGUGGAUGAUGUUUCUAAAGGAUGGGCUGGAAUUCAGGCAAUUCCAAGGACGGUGUGGUUGGAUCCUAAUAGGAAGCAACUUUUGCAAUGGCCUGUUGAGGAGCUGAAUAGGCUGAGAGGGAAGCAGGUUAAGUUAAGUCAUCAGAAGCUGUACAAGGAACAACACGUUGAGGUUAAAGGAAUCACUGCUGCCCAGGCUGAUGUUGAAGUUACGUUCAGCUUUUCAAGCUUGGAUAAAGCUGAGCCGUUUGAUCCAAGCUGGGUGGAUGCACAAGCGGUGUGUGGUAAACUGGGCUCAAAGGUCCAAGGUGGAGUUGGGCCGUUUGGGCUUCUGACACUGGCAUCAGAAAACCUCGAGGAAUUCACUCCUGUGUUCUUCAGGAUUUUCAAGGCCCAUCACAAUCACGUGGUGCUUCUGUGCUCUGAUGCAUCAAGCUCGUCUUUGAAGAAGGAAGGAUUGUACAAGCCAUCAUUUGCAGGGUUCGUGGACAUCGACUUAUCGAGUAAAAAGCUGCCAUUGAGAACUCUGAUUGAUCACUCGGUGGUGGAGAGCUUCGGAGGGGGUGGAAAAAUAUGCAUAACUUCAAGAGUAUAUCCAACUAAGGCAGUAUUUGGAGAUGCACAUUUGUAUGUGUUCAACAAUGGGACUGAGGCCAUCACAGUGGACUAUCUAAGUGCUUGGAGUAUGACAAGUGCUACGGUGAAUUAAGUCUUUUUAAGUUAGAUAACUUAGAAUGUUUUUUUUUUUUUUUUU